UAUAUAUCUACUGGUAAUCAGCUCAAUCUCAGCUCCUCUGUCACUUUAAACUGACUUGUUGGCUAGAAAAUUUGAUAAAGGCGUUUCUUCCGUGUACCCUUCAUUUCUCUCUCGGCUCGGGUCUAAACAGGUUACUUUUUUAUGCGUUUUUUGAAAUGGAAAGUGGAUUCUCGGACCGACUUGUAGGAUCAGAGAUUCAUGGAUUUCAUACUCUUCGAGAUUUGGAUGUUCCAAACAUAAUGGAGGAAUCUAGAACAAGAUGGCUCCGUCCAAAUGAAAUCCAUGCAAUGCUAUGCAAUCACAAGUAUUUCACCAUUAAUGUAAAGCCAGUAAAAUUACCCAUGAGUGGCACAAUUGUAUUGUUUGACCGCAAGAUGCUUAGGAACUUCCGAAAAGAUGGUCAUAACUGGAAAAAGAAAAAAGAUGGGAAGACUGUUAAAGAAGCUCAUGAACACUUAAAAGUUGGUAAUGAAGAGAGGAUUCAUGUAUACUACGCACAUGGCCAAGAUAUCCCGACCUUUGUUCGCAGGAUUUAUUGGCUGCUAGACAAGACUUUGGAACAUAUAGUUCUUGUUCACUACCGUGAGACCCAGGAGUUGCAGGGUUCUCCAGCCACACCUGUGAAUUCACAUUCUAGUUCAGUCUCUGAUCAGUCUGCUCCCGGGCUUUUAUCAGAAGAAUCCGAUUCUGGAGCCGCUCGUGGAUAUUAUGCAGGCGAGAAAGAUCUUGAGUUAUCAGGGCCCAGUGACAGCUUAACUGUCAUUAAUCAUGCAAUCAGGCUUCAUGAGCUUAAUACACUUGAAUGGGAUGAGCUGUUGACAAAUGAUCCUGGCAAUUCAAUCUUGCAUGGAGGAGAUAAGAUUCCAUCCUUUGACCAACAGAAUCAGAUUGCAGUUAAGGGGUCUGUAAACGAUGGGAGCACUCUUUCAGGCUACCAAUUAUCAGCAGAAAAGUCUGCGAAGGGCAAUUUAACUGAGGCUGUUGUUAGGAACAGUAACACUCAGUUCAGUGGUCCAGAUAAUGUUUACAGACAGUUAACAGGUUCCCAAGUAUAUUUGGAUGCUCAGAGGAAGAAUUCUGUUGUCCUGGGUGCUGGUGAUUCAUUGGAUAUUUUGAUUAAUGAUGGUUUGCAAAGUCAGGAUAGUUUUGGAAGGUGGAUGAAUUCCAUCAUGGAUGACUCUCCUGUUUCUGUAGAUGAUGCAGCGGUUGAAUCUUCAAUUUCAUCCGGUUAUGAUUCAUUUGCUUCUCCAGGAAUGGAUCAACAUCAAUCUUCUAUUCAAGAACAAAUGUUUAUCAUAACUGAUUUCUCACCUGCGUGGGGCUUUUCAAAUGAAACAACCAAGAUUCUAGUCACUGGAUAUUUCCAUGAGCAGUAUCUGCAUCUGGCAAAGUCCAAUCUGUUCUGUAUCUGUGGAGAUGCUUUUGUUCCAGCAGAAAUUGUCCAGGCUGGGGUCUAUAGCUGUAUGGUGUCACCGCAUUCCCCUGGACUAGUAAAUCUAUGUUUGAGUUUGGAUGGAUCCAAACCCAUCAGCCAAAUUUUGAAUUUUGAGUACCGUGCUCCUUCAGUACAUGAUUUGGAUGUUUUUUCAGAAGACAAAUCCAAGUGGGAAGAGUUCCAUCUUCAGAUGAGACUUGCUUAUUUGCUCUUUUCUACUUCCAAGACCCUUAAUGUUCUAUCUAGUAAAGUGUCACCGGCUAAACUGAAGGAGGCUAAGAAGUUCGCACACAAAACUUCUAAUAUUUCUAAUAGUUGGGCAUACUUGAUUAAGUCAAUUGAGGACAGCAGAAUUUCAGUUGCACAAGCAAAAGAUGGUUUGUUUGAACUUUCUUUAAAAAACACAAUAAAGGAAUGGCUAUUGGAAAGAGUACUUGAGGGCUGUAAAACCACAGAAUACGAUGCUCAAGGCCUUGGAGUGAUCCAUUUAUGUGCUAUUAUCGGAUACACUUGGGCAGUUUAUUUGUUUUCUUGGUCAGGCUUAUCAUUAGAUUUUCGCGAUAAACAUGGAUGGACAGCACUGCACUGGGCAGCAUAUUAUGGAAGGGAGAAAAUGGUUGCAGCUCUCUUAUCUGCAGGGGCAAAGCCAAACUUGGUUACAGAUCCCACUAAAGAAAAUCCUGGUGGGUGCACCGCUGCUGAUCUUGCAUCUGCAAAGGGUUAUGAUGGCUUAGCUGCUUAUCUGUCUGAAAAGGCUUUGGUGGCACAAUUUGAGUCUAUGAUAAUAGCUGGAAAUGCCUCUGGCUCGCUGCAAAUGACUGCAACAGACACUGUAAAUUCUGAGAAUCUAAGUGAGGAGGAGUUGCAUCUGAAGGAUACUUUGGCAGCUUACCGCACAGCUGCUGAUGCAGCAGCACGUAUACAGGCUGCUUUCAGAGAACACUCGCUAAAAGUAUACACUAAAGCAGCUCAGUCCUCCAGUCCAGAGGAUGAAGCGCGGAAUAUUAUUGCAGCAAUGAAGAUCCAACAUGCCUUUCGCAACUAUGAUAGUAAGAAAAAGAUGGCAGCUGCUGCCCACAUUCAACAUAGGUUCCGUACUUGGAAAACGCGGAAGAAUUUCCUUAAUAUGCGUCGACAGGCUAUCAAAAUUCAAGCUGCUUUCCGAGGCUUCCAAGAGAGAAGGCAGUACCGUAAGAUCAUCUGGUCAAUUGGAGUGCUUGAGAAAGCAAUUUUGAGAUGGCGUUUAAAGAGAAAAGGCUUUCGUGGACUGCAAGUUGAACCUGUUGAAACAGAUGUAGAUCCGAAACAUGAAAGUGAUACGGAGGAAGACUUCUACAAAAUCAGCCAGAAACAGGCGGGUGAACGUGUUGAGAGAUCUGUAAUACGGGUUCAAGCAAUGUUCCGUUCAAAGCAAGCACAAGAGCAAUACCGGAGGAUGAAAUUAACCUAUAACCAAGCAACUGUGGAAUAUGAAGGCCUUCUUGACACGGACAUGGUUGAAAGUGACUUUUAGGCAAUGGUGUUCGGCCUUGUAAAAUAGUCUGUGCCUGCAUGUGAAUAUGUAGCAAAAGGAGGUUUAUGCACUGUAGUAGCCUGCACAUCUUGGUAAAUUGUGUAGAUUAAUCAAUUGUGCUCGUUUUACCCUUUCAAGCUGUUUUUAAGCUUUCGAGAGGGUUAUGAUGAUUCCCAUGUUGGUAUUAAGUUAUGGGUAAGUCCUUGAUGGUGUUAUUGGACUCUAGGCUUCUUAGAUGGCUUUAAAUUGAACUCGGCUUUUGUAAUUGUGUGGCUAUAAUCAGUUUCAACAUGGUUUAGAAA